AUGGCCGAUUUGUUCAAGGAAGAUAGUGAGGCUCCUCUGUGUUUCCAAAGUUCUAUCCCUCUGGCUUCUCAUUCUUGGGUCAGUAAAAACUUGAGUUGUUCAUAUCCUUCGAGUGAAGUGAGGAACAGCGCGGAGAGGUGGUCUGAUUGGAUUGACAGGCUUCUCCCGAGGCGUGGAGCUUAUUGGAAGAAGGCUGGAAAUUACAAUGCAAUUCUUCUGUCUAAGUUUUCUGUUAAUAGAGAUGAGAAUCUGCUGGCUGCUGCUCUGUGCUUUUGGAAUUCUGCCAGCAACACUUUUGACUUUCGUCUGGGUCCCAUGACUCCGACCUUGCUAGAUCUAGCUCAAAUAUUUGGGUUCAGGCCCCAUGGGAGGCCUGCUGAUGCUGUUGGUGACUACCAUAGAGGGAAGAAUCGAGAGAGAUUAGCCAAGCCUUUCACCAUUCCUGUUGCCACGAUUAACCAGGACAGUUCCUUCUCCAAUUUUUUGAAGAAGUUUAGUACCGAAAAGGAUAGGGAUCAGCAACACAUGUUCGUUUUUCCCAACUGCUCCUCAGCAGUUCUGCUGGAAUACAAGCAUUUAACAAAAGCCCUACAUAACCAUGUUGAUGUGGGGCCUGGCCCCAUAGUUCUGGCUCAUCUGUAUAAGAACCUUCACAGCGCCACUCUAGAAAAUCCACUGAAUAUCUCCGCUCCUAGCGCAUUCUGGAUGAUCCAGAUCUGGCUGCAAGUUUAUUUCCCAAAACUGACGUUUCCAGAUAUUGUUCUACCUGAAGAUCAGGUUAUAGCGGUUCCCUUGAUGUCGGCAGAAGUGCCUAAACGCUCCAUUGAAGAAUACCUUAUGUUUUUUAGACACUACACCAAGAGACUCUUUGAGAAGGAGCUAGAAGAAGAAGAAGCAAAAAUUGAUUUCAGAAAAAAGUUUCUAAGUGUGACGCUACCCCGGGAUAUGCCUUUCAGUGGGGGCAAGCCUCCUAACUACCAUUUGGGAGCAGAAGUCUGUCAUCUCAACUUCUGUGCUAGGCAACUUGGUUGUCCUCAGCUCAUUCCUCUCAAAUCUUACAGGAGCUGUAAUCGUGCCACCUCAUGCAUAAGGACUGCAGGUGCUCAGUGGACAAGAUUAAUAAUAGUGUGGACGCCCUCUAUCCAUCCUCGAAGCCUAAUUCCUGCAAUUCUUAUGAGUUUGAUGCCUGGUGGAAAGCAAGAACCAGAAGCCAAAAAAUUCAUAGUGCAGAUGGUCAAGGGCAUAAAUGCUCAAGUGAUUGAAGAUCCUUCUAUGACAAGGAAUCUUGGGAGACAAACCGCCCAAGCUGGGGAAGGGGUUGUUACCUCUAUUAUUACUACUGGAGAUCUGGAGCUUCCUUUUGGUGAUGAGGAGGAUGAUUAUGAGACUUUGGCAAAACCAAGUGCUGAGGCAACUCCUUCUGCCAGAAAGAACAAAAGAAAAGAAGUUACUCAAGCUCAGGACAGUGCUGUCCAGCCUGAUCCCCUAGUCGAAAGCUCUCCUCCUCCUUCCAAGGCAAAAAGACUGAGAAAAAGGGCUGUUAGUGAGUCUGAGGGGACAUAA